UCUUUGGAGGAUAGCCUGCAGCUCCUGGGUCUGGACGAUUCUUCAGGGGACGGAGCCUCAGAUCCAAUCUUAACCAGUGGAGCUUACCUGUCCCUGGUUUACCUGCGACAUCUCAAACUCAGACGGCUUCAGCGUGUCUCUCUCGGGUUGCUGAACUACCUUCGCUCCGGGGAGAGGACUUUGACCUUUGACCUGGCAGGUCUGCAGAUAGAGGAGGGAGAGCUGUGCAGCACAGCGGAGGAAACAGGAUGGAUGAACGCAGCCAGAGGAGGAGGAGGCGAGGCAGGAGGUCUCGGCUCACACCAGUUCAUCCAUAACUCUCCUGUUGACUACAGGGUCCGCUGCUCAGAGUUCAUGGAGUUUGCCGAGGUGGAGAAUCUUCAUGACUUUUACGUCACAGAGGAGCGGUUCAUCCACACUCAGGACCAGACAGGGCUCUAUAUCGUGUACGACGUGGCUCUGAAGGACCUCACGGAGCUGGAGAAUGAGCUCCUCCUCAUCAGCUCACACUUCAUCCACAGAGACGGGAAGAAGAGAGCGGGAAACACAGAGAGAGCAGGCAUCCACUCCUGGGCCGGGACUGAAAUCGAUCGUGUUGCUGUGCUUCUGGACUUGUGGACAUGCGAGACAGAGUUUCUGGAGAGCAAAGUACAGCUCUUGAACUGUUACUUUGAGGCCUACCAGCACACGGCAGGGACUGAGGAGAAGUUUGCAUUGGCUCGAGUGAUCACUGACAUCAUGCACAGUCGACCACACCUGGAUCUGAACCAGGACUACUUUGUUGAGGUCUACAGAGCUGAGAUAGACUGCCUGCAGAUCCACCAGCAGCUGAUCAGAAACAUUCUGGACAACCAGAUUGAUAAACAGCGUCAGUACCUCCAUCGCAUCUGGAGAGACGACCACAAAGGCUCCAUUUAUGAUUACGGCCUUCCACCAAACUACACUCCCAACCACCUGGUCUCACUUGGAGGCAGCAGCCCUGAAGUGAUGAAUGUGUUCCUCCUGGAGGUUCACCCCUCACUCUGCCUCGCCUCUGCGGUCUACGACGGUUUAGAUCAGGCUCAUUCUGAGCUCUGUCAGCUGCACCGAGCCACCAGCAGCACGGACAAACUCGGCCUCAAAAGGAAGCUCCUCCAGGAGGCCCUGCAGAGCUGGAGCAACCUGCCUCCACCUGGAGACUCCUACAGCACUCAGAUACAGAAGGAUUUGUUUUCAGAUGUGUUUUUCGAGGACCCCAUUCUGGUCCAGAACUUUGGGCUGUCUUUGGUGAGAUCUGCAGAAGAGGAGGAGAUGAUUCAGGGACGAGAGAAACAAGCGUACACUGUGGAGACUUUCUCCAAGCUGCUGGAGCUCGUCACCGUCCGCCAUCGUCUGCUGGAGUCGGCCUCAGAGACUGCUCAUCUGGCACACUUGUACAGAAACGUGGCCGCAGAGCUCGGCUUUGAUGAUUACCACCUUUACCUGAGACCGGUGCGAUUUGAAGUCGCUGACCAGAAAUACAAAACAGAGCAGAGUCCUGUUUUCAUCACAGCCAUACUGGAGGACGACAGCUGUGUUGACAGGUUCAUCCCGUCCCACCUGCCUCUCACCAUCCAGGAGCUGGACGAGAACCAGAUCGGGAGGUUCAGCUUCAGCUCGGAGGAGUCAGUCACACAUCUUCUGAACAGACAGAGUUUAGAAAACCUGCAGGUGACUCUGGCCUGUCAGGUCACACAGAAGAACGCUCUGAUGAGUGCUGUGAAGCUGGUUUCUGUGUGUCACUGGGCGGAAAAGGCAACGUCAUCAGCUGAGACUGAAGCUGUUCUUUCUAAUAAAAAAGUGAAGUCUGACUCUGAUCCUCAAUGUGACACCAAAAACUCCUCACCCUCUAAAGACACAACAAGAACUCCCCCCACGUCCAGAGAGAGGCUGAUGGAAGCUUUUGUGUCCAUCCAGCUGGAAAAAGUGGGUCUGCGUGACGAGAUGCUGAAUUCAUACAUGGAGAAGAAACAGGCUGUGGGGGGUCUCAUACAAACUCCAGAGGAAGCAGCAGAGAUCAAAAGGAGGCUCAUAAUCGACUUUCUCACGAAAUUCAGCUCCCGGAUAUCUCAGUACUGUGUGAGAGCACAGGUUGUUGAAUAUUACUACAGUUUAACUUCCCUUUUAGAGGAAAUACCCUCCAUCCAAAAGACCCACUUCAUGAUGGGACGAGCAAUCAACCACAAAGUCACUCUGGAUUCAGGAGGUGACCUCUGCCCUGACUCCAGGACCCCUCAGUGCGAGCAGCAGCAGCAGCUUUUAUCUGCAGACGGCAAAACUGUCCUCAACCUGUGGUUCAUCCCUCACUUCUCUGAAACCCUGUACAUGUUCAAAACACAACAAGUUCCAGCCUGUGCCUCAGCUCUUCAUCACACUCUGCAGAUCGCCUCAGCUCUUCAUGAUGUUGUUUGUUACCUGGUUAGUUUCUCCAGACUGGGAAACGCUGACGACUCAUUAAGCUGCAGGAGGAGAGAGGAUGAACAGGGCUCACUGUCAGCUGGAUGGGGAGGAACUGAAGGCAUUGGAGCAGAGCUGCAGGAGAUCCAGCAUCAGGUCAACUGUUUGUCUGAUCCCAGCAGCCCAGAGUCUGUCUGCUGUCUGCUGCAGCUGCGCAGGAGCGUCCUCCUGCUGCAGUUUGAUACGGCUGUGAGACAACUCAUCAGGGAGGUGUUUCUCUCCUCCGGUGAUGUUGGUUCUUAUCAAUGCGUAAACGACAACAUGGUGAGCGCUCUCCCUCUGCUGAGUGACAGCCUCCAGGUCAACCUGAUGAGCCUCACUCUGCGUGUGCCCCGACCUCUGCAGACUCGAAGCUGUCAGGCACAGAGGAUGUACCCAUGGAGAAGUUUCUUGGCCUGUCAUGGAUUGUUCCCUCUGCGUGUUUGGGACGUCCCUCCCAUCGAACACUGCAUGCAGCUGUGUCUGAGUGGUCUGAGUGAUCGCAGCAGACUGCAGGCCAAUGCAGCGACCCUCGGUGUCUCUCUGCUCAUGGAGGACGUCCUGAACUGCAGUCAAGAGGCGGGGCCUGUUUGUCUUCAUGGCAUCAAGGAUGACCUCCUGCACCAAAGAAAACCUGAAGAGGAGGAUGAACUCUGCAUGGAAGCUGAUGAAGAAGAGAAGACAUCUGUGUCAGACUCUGCUCCUCUUCCUCAGGAUCCGAUCAGGGUUCAGUCUGUGCUCAGAGGUUUCCUCUUGCUCACAAAGCAGCUUCAGGUGUUCAAGGAGAGCUGGAUUCGAACUCAUCUGGGCGUUCAAGUGUUCACGACGGCCGGUGUCUAUCAACAGUUUGUCAAACUUUACAGAGCUGAGAUCUUUUACCCCAGUAUGAGAGCUCUGGCUCGACACAUGGGUAAAGAGCAGGACUAUGAGGUCUUACUCUCAGGCCGUCAGUCCCUCCUGCCUCCUCCUGGAGCUUCAGAGGUGGACGUGAAAACCUGGCAGCUCCACAAACUGCUGGAGAGCACAGAGUGUGACAUGAUCCGAGCGGUGCAGAGGAGGAUCAACAGAGAGACCACUCUGGUGCUUUCAGAGCGGACUCGACACGACACGCGUCUCCCCACAGAGCUGUGGAAGACAUCCACCAUGAAGCACAGUGUGUCCUCUGAGCGGCCGCAGAUUGUGGAAACGUUCAUCUGGCAGCUGAUGGAGGGAGCUGAGGAGGCUGAGGGAAAGCUGUGUGUCUCUCAGGAUCUCCUCCAGCAGAGUCUCACUCGCCUCGGCUGCUCCGUGAUGGAACGAGAGCGUCGCAGCUUCCUGCUUCACUCGCAGUUUUAUGAGCAGAUCCUCCAGCAGGAGACUCAGCUGCUGUAUCACAGGGAACAGGAUUUAAAGCAUCUAAAGGACUCUCAGACCAGCAGCUCUCACAAAGAGGUGUCUGCUGUGUGUCGUGACAUGAUGUUGGAGAUCUCAGCGCUGCAGGCUCAGGUGGCUCACCUGGAGGAGGAGAAGAGGACUCAAGAGGACAGACUCAGUCUGAGGUUUAGAGAAGAGUAUGAGCCUUUGAUCCGACACCUCUGCUCCACCUGCAUCCAGCUAAAGGGUGGACUGGAUGAGCAGCGUCUGCAGAUGGAGCAGGACGUGAGCGAGAUGGUGAACAGAACUCGAGGGGAGGGAGUGGAAAGAAUGAUCAAGCUCAAGAGGAAAUACGGCUGCACCAAAGACGACCAUGGACUCACACUCACAAAGUCACAGAAAGAAGAGGUCCACGAGCUGCAGCAGGAGAACAGGCGGCUGAGCGCUCUGCUCUGUAAACUGAAAACUGUGAGGCGCUGGAGGCAGCUGGUGGAGCAGGAGAAACUUCACCGACAGCUGCUUCAAUCUCAGCAGAUGGAGAUCACCUGUCGCUGUGAGGCCCUCAGAGUGAAGAUGAGAGCGGAAGAGGAGGUGAUAAUCCUGCAGGAAGAGCUGGAGGCCGUGAGGACCGAGUUGACCCGCUGUCAGGCUGAAAGCAGCUGCAACAGGACGCGGCUCAACAGGAAGACAGAGGAGCUGCGUGUCGCACGGCAUCAGUCCGCUCAGGAGGCCCGGAGCCGGCAGGAGCUGGACAGCUAUUGCGUGCAGAGUCUGGAACAAAUGAGAGUGGACGUGGAGGACAGAGAGAGACGGCUCAGAGCGCUCAGCGAGCAGCUGGACCAGGGCAGCAGGAUGAACCAGAUACACAGACAACGCAGCGCCAAAGAGAUCCGACAGGUGAGGGGGCAGCUCCAACAUGAGCGCAGCUUCAAACAAGAAGCCUUCCAGCAGGUGGUCAAACUGCAGAACCAGGUGAACGACAUGGAGGCAGCUCUCUCCAGGAGCAUCUCAACAACAGGGCAGGGCAGGACUCAUUACACGCUGUCAGUCAGCAGAUUGAGCGCUAGAAGUCCCUCAGCAGGUUCACACAGGGCCGCUCAGCAGUCGGCCCCGCAGCUUGGCAGACUCACAAACGAUGGCACACCUCAGGACUUGGCUGCAGAGCGACGACAGCAGAGAGCAGAAACAGCCAGGAGCCGUUCAAACGCACGGAUAGACAGACCUAAAGCAGAUCCGUCUCGCCUGCGUCUCCUGACCGCUGGGACGACUCUACCCAACCUGUGAGAUUCAACCCACUGGUUUCUACUCAGCAACACAGACGUGUUUAACAAGUCAGCUGCUGUCUGACAUGCAGAGCACUCUGCGUCUUUACUCACAGCUGAAUGUGAGUGAAUGAUAAAUCUGAAUGAUUUACUGUGUUUGCAGCUGCAUGUCAGUAAAUCAUGCUAAUAUUAAAAGCUAAGAUAAACUCUGGU